UCCUCUCUCUCUCUCUCUCUCUCUCUCUCUCCUCACGAAAGAAAGAUCCGAGAAAAAUCUCAGCUCAGCUUUGAAUUGAAUAAAUCCAUCAAAUCAAAUCAUAGAGAGGGAAGUGAGAUGGACGAGCAGACCGAGAAAUCACCGCCCAAGCAAAAAGCCGUAACUCCAGGGAGGUCGAUCGAUAUCUAUGCUGCACAGUGUGAAAAGUGCCUGAAAUGGAGAAAGAUUGAUACUCAAGAACUGUACGAGGAGAUCAGAAGUAAAAUACUAGAGAACCCGUUUGCAUGCGAGAAGAAAGAAGGUAUCUCCUGUCGAGAUGCUGGAGACCUGGAAUAUGAUUCAAGCAGAACAUGGGUCAUUGACAAGCCUGGCUUGCCGAAGACACCAAGAGGGUUCAAGAGGAGCUUAGUUCUGAGAAAGGACUACUCGAAAAUGGAUGCAUACUACAUAACUCCCACUGGGAAGAAGCUGAGGACUCGCAAUGAAAUAGCAGCCUUCAUCGAUGCCAAUCAGGAUUACAAGAACGCUCCGCUUGGAGAUUUUAAUUUUACAGUCCCAAAGGUGAUGGAAGACACUAUCCCUUGUGGUAUGUCUGGGAGGACCCCCAAGCGAUCCAAGGAUGGACUACCGAUUGAUUGAGCUACAAAGCGCUUACUGAGUCUCCAAGCUAAAUAAAUAAAUAAAAAGGUCCUAAUGCUGUUGAAGUUGCAUCUUCUAGGCUCUAGCUGGUUAAGUUUUUUAGGGUUUAGGUUGGACUUAUUCUGACGUUGUAUAAUAUGCUUUUUGAACCCAUCAUCUCUAUGACUCUUGACUAAUUUUUAUUAUCUAGUGAAGAACGACGUUUAUUUAUCUUUUCAUUAUACGUCA